AAACUCUCAGUGAUAUUCAUGAGCGUCUCUCCCCCGCUGCAGACCCGGCAGGUCCAGGCUUUGUCCCGCAGUACCAUGUCUUGUGAAGCAUCCGGGGACGCUGUGGCGCAGCCUGAGGACUCUGAGGGCAAAGUGGUGAGGAGAGACGGCGUGUUUCGCUCUGUUGGGCGCGGCCUCCUCUGGCCUUUCCGCAUCGUUGGAAGGGUCUUCCGCGGAAUUGUGUGGGCGCUUCAACUGAAAAGCCUCUCCUGCUCCGUGGCUUCCAGCCCGGCACGUCACAGCCUCACUGGCCAUAAGCGCCUCUCCCGUUUCACCCGCCUGCUGCUGCGCAUCAUGCCCUGCUGGGCGCAGGCCGCCCUGGGCUACCCGGUGUCCCGCAGUAUUGGGCGCUCAUUGUCCCCAGAAGUCGGUGUUUCUCCUACUAAACCAUUUGGAAAAGGGAGCAAGAGAAAAAUAGAUGAGCUUGACGACGACGAUGAUGAGUCAUCCUGGGUUAUUGCGCUUUCUAAGGAACUUCCAGAUGAUGAUGACUACUCAAAUGAUCCCGACUACGAGAACACCACAGAAGAGACGGACAGUGAGGAAUUUGCCUCAGACAAUACAGAAAGUACUUUUGAUAUUUCAGGGAGUAGUGUCGUUAUUGAGGAUGUUGACGUGCCUUCUGAGGGGUCUACAGCUGUUUAAUUUUUUUCAUAUGCUGUGAUUUUUGUAUGUUUAUAUAUAUUUGGUAAUUCAAUAAAACUUUAUUUUGCUCUAACAUUGUGGACUCUUUACCACUAGAUGGCAGUAUUGUGUUUUCAAAGAUGCUAUUACAAAUGUGAUGUGUUCUUACAAGAGUAAGAUUUUAUUUUUUGUUCCCCCUCAUCUGAAACUGUGAUGUGCCUCAACUAGAUCAAGUUUUGCUAAAGUGAAACUGUUCAAAGUUUAGCAACACAGCUUGCAAAAACUGUGUAAACUGCCCAUAAUUUAUCUGUAGAGCAAGGUUCCAAUCAUGUGGUCCUUUUUGUCUUGCGUCCAACCUUUUCUGCUGCCUGCAGAGUAAAACCUCCUGUUCAACAGGAGGUGCAGCCUGCUGUAUUUAUGGGAGGAGGAAUGUCACUGAAAAGCCUCUUAAAGCUGUUAAACCCAAGCAACCUGGUUAUCAGCACUUGCACUA